GCUUCCCACCUGAAGUCGCAUUCGAACUCGAACUCGAACUCGAACUCGACCCCUUUGCCGAAGCCAUGGCUCCAUCAGAAAACAAGUACUCGGUCAUCUUGCCGACCUACAACGAGCGCCGCAACCUCCCCAUCGUCACCUGGCUGCUCAACCGCACCUUUACCGAAAACAACCUCGACUGGGAACUCAUCAUCGUCGACGACGGCUCCCCAGACGGCACGCAAACGGUCGCCGAACAACUCGUCCAAGCCUACGCGCCGCACGUCGUCCUCAAGACGCGCUCGGGCAAGCUCGGGUUGGGCACGGCCUACGUGCACGGGCUGCAGUUCGCGACGGGCAACUUCGUCAUCAUCAUGGACGCCGACUUCAGCCACCACCCCAAGUUCAUCCCGCGCAUGGUGGCCCGGCAGCGCGAGGGGGACUACGACAUCGUGACGGGCACGCGGUACGCCGGCGACGGCGGCGUGUACGGCUGGGACCUCAAGCGCAAGUUCGUCAGCCGCGGGGCCAACCUGUUCGCCGACACGGUGCUGCGGCCGGGCGUCAGCGACCUCACCGGGUCGUUCCGCCUGUACAAGAAGGCGGUGCUGGACAAGGUCAUCCGCAGCACGGAGAGCAAGGGGUAUACGUUCCAGAUGGAGAUGAUGGUUCGGGCGCGCGCCAUGGGGUGCACGGUUGCCGAGGUGCCGAUUAGCUUUGUUGACCGUGUGUAUGGCGAGAGCAAGCUUGGGGGGGAUGAGAUUGUCGAGUAUGCGAAGGGUGUUUUGAAUCUUUGGUUGAAGGUGUAGCGGUGGGCCUUUCUCUCUCUCUCUCUCUCUCUCUCUUCUUAUUACCACAAGGAUACGUACG